UGGAUGUUGAAGUACACUUUGGAAUUUUUUUGAUAUUAAAACCCAGAUUGAUCAAUUUAAUACUGUACCCAACUCCAUUCUAAGUCUCCAACACUAUUAAUAGUUCGGAAGUCUUCCCAGGGAGAAAAAAAGGAAAAACUCAGAAUCACCAUGUCAACAUCUUUUUUUUCUCCCAACUUCUCCACCCUCACUCCCUUGAACAGCAGAUCUCAAACUUUGGGUUUUAAUCCACUUUUCUAUGCAACAACAUUUUCUACACACAACCAUGACGACUAUGAUCAUGGAUUCCCAUUCCCAACCAAUCUCAAAAUCUCCCAGAGAUCCUCAAACAAAAGGGCCUUGGUCAUUCAAGCCACUCCUGAAGCCGCCGCCGCCGGAGACUUUCUUUCCGGCGUUCUUCCCUUCUGGCCUCCCUCGGAUAAUUCUUGGUUAGGUUGGGCUGUCGGACUUGGGGUGUCACUACCCUUGGUUACUGCUCAGUUGAUAGCAUUGUCAAAGCAAGUUGAGGCGGCGGCGGAGGCGGUGGAAAAAGUGGCGGAGGUGGUGGAGAACGUGGCGCAUGACGUUGAUAAGGCGGCGGAGGAUUUUAAAGUGAAGCUACCGGAUGGCAGGCUCAAAGACAUAGUUGAGUCUAUUGAACAUUUGGCCGAAGAAACUGCUAAAGAUGCUCAUAUAGUGGAAGACCUCAUGGACAAGGUUGAGGAAGUGGAUGAGAAGUUGGUGGAGAUUCUGUCUCAGAAAUCUGAGCAAGCAAAGGCAUCACCUACUACUGAGGAGAAGGCCUAAGCUAGCUUGUGAAAAUGGAGCAAACAAAUUAAAAAGACUGUAAAAUUUGGAAUAAUAGAAAGAAACUAUAUUGAUGGAUGCAUGUUGGUCUGUGAGUGCAUGUUGGCCUGUGAGCAUCACGUAUUCGUGGGUUAUUUGGACCAAAACUACGAACUAUAACCAAUUAUUACAUUAUUAUUAGUA